GCAUCGUUGCAGUCGUUUUUUGGCCGCACCUACAACAACAUCGCAGCGAUCGCCGGCUGCAAGCACAACGGGGACUGUGUCAUCAACAAGAAGAAUCGCACGGCUUGCAAGGCCUGCCGGCUGCGCAAGUGCCUGCUGGUGGGCAUGUCGAAGAGCGGUUCCCGUUAUGGCCGCCGCUCCAAUUGGUUCAAGAUACACUGCCUGCUGCAGGAGCAGCAGGGCAGCGGCGCGGCCAUGGGCGCAGCCAGCGUGAGCAACGCGAAUCUGAAUCAGCUGGCGCGACUGCAGCAGGCGAGCAACCAGGCGCGACAAACCUACCAGGACAAAACGAAUCCCUGCAUCAAGUCGGCCACGGCAGCCACCUCGCCCACCAUCGCACUGCAGACGGCGGCGGCAGCAGCGGCGGCAGCGGCAGCGGUAUCUACUGCCUCGACGCCUGCGCCCAGUUUGCCUGGAUUUCUGCAAGCAGCCAAGUAUCUGAACGAGCAGCAGCAGCAACAGCAGCAGCAGCAGCAGCAUCGCCAGCUGAAGCUCGAGUCCCGCCUCAGCAAUACGCCCAGCGAUUCGGGCGCCUCCUCGGCCGGAGAUCCCACGGACGACGGCACCAGCGUGCUGAGCGCCACGACGAACAGCAUUAGGAAGGCGGUGCGACAAAGCAGCUCCGCAUAUGCGGGCAGCUCCGAGGYGGACAUUGCGGAGCAGCAGCAGCGACGCCACAAGGAGCUGCUGGAUAUCUUUCGCAGCCACUCGGAGCCGCUGUACAGCUCCUUUACGCCGUUCACCCUGCCGCCAGCUUUGAUGGCCAGCAGUUUGCCGCCGUUGCCCAUCUUCAAGGAGCAAUUCAAAUCGGAGCUGCUAUUUCCGUUCCCGACRAGCAGUCCGGCGGAGGAGGAGGAGCCCAUGGAUUUAUCGCUUCGCUCACGAACGGAUGCUGCAAGUCCGACGGCAAACAGCUCCAAUAGCCCACUCAGUGAAUCAGCCAACCUGCCCUCGGACUCGCCCGCCACCUUUGUACGCAAGCCCACGCCCCUCGACCUGACCCUGGUCCGCUCGCAAACGCUAACGGGAUAGGGCCACGGCAGGAAGCCAUCCCACUUGGGUAUUAGCAAACGAUUCGAUAUUGGUGCCAGUGAAAGUAUGUACAAAUAA